AUGGAUCCUCCAGCUUGCAACCAUGCUAAUUCUUACAACGCUGAUUUCGAAAAGAGACUUCCUUUGUACACUCCAGAAGAAAAUAAGCAGCCUUCCAAUUCAACCGCUUUUGAAGCCAUAGGAGAAAAAAAAGCGAUCGGAACUGAAUCCAGUGGUCUCAAUGCUUCACAGGAUGGUUUCCUUUCAGCGUAA